AUGAAACAGGUAAAUGAGAGCAUCUCACAGGAGUUCAUCCUCUUAGGUUUCUCAUAUCCACCAUGGCUGGAGCUUCCACUCCCUGUGGUCUUCUUCAUUUCUUAUAUCAUGACUAUCUUAGGGAAUCUGACCAUUAUUCUAGUGUCAAGCCCAGACUCCAAACUCCAUAACGCCACAUAUUUCUUUCUUACCAAUCUGUCCCUCCUAGAUCUCUGCUACACCACAAGUACAUUUCCACAAAUGCUGAUAAAUUCAUAUAGCACCGGGAAGGUAAUUAGUUUUGGAUGCUGUGUGGCCCAGCUUUUCAUUUUUCUGGCCUUGGGGGCCACUGAAUGUGUUCUGCUUUCUGUCAUGUCCUUUGACAGGUUUGUAGCUAUUUGUCAGCCUCUCCAUUACUCAGUUAUCAUGCAUCAAAGGCUCUGCCUCCAGUUGGCAGCAGCAUCCUGGUUUACUGGUUUCAGCAAAUCAGUGUGGUUGUCUACCCUGACUCUUCAGCUGCCCCUCUGUGGCCCCUAUGUAUUAGAUCACUUUCUCUGUGAAGUCCCUGUUCUGCUCAAGUUGUCGUGGGUUGACACAACAAAUGAGCCUGAACUAUUGUUAGUAAGUGUACUAUUACAUCUGACACUCAUCCUUAUAUGAUAUGCUUUUAUUGCCCAAGCAGUAUUGAGAAUACCAUCUACUGAAGGUAGACAAAAAGCAUUCGGAACAUGUGGUUCCCAUCUAACUGUGGUGUCACUUUUUUAUGGUACAGCUAUCUCCAUGUACCUGCAACCAACAUCACCCAACUCCAAGGACUGGGGAAAGAUAGUGUCCCUCUUCUAUGGGAUCAUUGCACCCAUGGUGACCCCCCUUAUAUACACAUUUAGGAACAAAGAGGUAAAGGAGGCCUUUAAAAAGCUAGUUGCAAGAGUCUUCCUAAUCAGGAAAUAA